CCUUUCCUGGAUUUUGAAAUCUAUGGGUUUCGUCUGUAAAUGUAUGACCGUGUUCACCUAACUGCCAAGCAUUCACCAGAAACACAAAGCCGCGCACGUUUCAUAGUUCAUGACCGUGUUCGCCUGGUGGUUGCUGCCAACUAAACAAAACAAAACUAAACUACUUUAUUCCCAAGCAAGCAAGCACUUGUUGUACGUACUGGUGUUUAUUUCUUUCUUAGCUUAGCCAGUUAGCCUAGGUGAGCUCAGCUGUACGAGGAAGAAUAUUAUCAAUGGCCUCCGAUCCUGAGCAACCGGCGCGCUCUCCUCUCCGACAGGUUCAAACUCCAGAGGAUGUUCAGAUGCCUCUUCUUAAUGGGGGCCAAUUAUCAGACAACUAUUCUGUUCUUGCUGCAGUACUCCCAUUUCUAUUCCCAGCUCUUGGAGGACUACUGUAUGGCUAUGAUAUUGGUGCCACGUCUUGUGCUACAAUAUCCAUAGAGUCGGCCACAUUAAGUGGAAUAUCAUGGUACGACUUAUCAUCUGUGGAAAUUGGUCUUAUAACCAGUGGCUCAUUAUAUGGUGCCUUGAUUGGCUCUGUGCUGGCCUUCAAUAUUGCAGACAUCAUAGGAAGGAGGUGGGAGUUGAUUUCGUCCGCUUCAGUCUAUCUUAUUGGAGCUCUAGUAACAGCGCUAGCACCUGACUUGGCUGUUAUGGUGAUUGGGCGUUUUGUAUUUGGUAUAGGAAUUGGACUGGCAAUGCAUGCUGCUCCAAUGUAUAUUGCUGAGACAGGUCCAACUCAGAUACGAGGUCGACUAAUAUCACUUAAAGAAUUCUUUAUAGUACUUGGCAUGGUUGCGGGUUAUGGAAUUGGUAGUCUUUUAGUCAGCACAGUUGGUGGUUGGCGGUAUAUGUAUGGAGCUAGUGUCCCUCUGGCAGUAAUUAUGGGAAUUGGAAUGUGGUGGCUACCAGAGUCACCUAGAUGGAUCCUUCUACGUGCCAUCCAAGGAAAAGGAAAUAUGACUGAUAUGAAAGAUACUGCAAUCAGUUGCUUGUUCCGGCUUAGGGGUACGAUUAUUGGUGAUUCAGCUCCUGCACUAGUAGAUGAGAUGCUUGAUGAGCUUUCUUAUGUUGGUGAAGAGAAAAAAGCUUCAUUCUUAGAGUUGUUUCGUGGAAAAUGCAAAAAAGCCCUUGUGAUUGGUGCAGGAUUAGUGUUGUUCCAACAGAUCACAGGGCAACCAAGUGUGCUGUAUUAUGCUGCAUCAAUUUUUCAGACUGCAGGAUUCUCCGCAGCAUCUGAUGCAACAGAGGUCUCAAUUAUACUUGGGUUAUUCAAGUUGGUAAUGACUGGACUAGCUGUGCUUGUUGUUGAUAGACUUGGGAGGAGACCUCUACUACUUACAGGUGUUACUGGGAUGGUCAUCUCUUUAUUCCUUUUGGGGUCAUAUUACCUUUUCUUUGAUGAUACACCAGCCAUAGCUGUAAUUGCACUGCUGGCAUAUGUUGGGUGUUAUCAGUUCUCCUUUGGUCCCAUUGGUUGGCUCAUGAUAUCAGAAAUUUUUCCCUUGCGAUUAAGAGGUCGCGGACUUAGCCUAGCAGUGCUUGUGAACUUUGCUGCAAAUGCACUGGUGACAUUUUCAUUUUCCCCUCUAGAGGCAUGGCUGGGAGCUGGGAUACUGUUUUAUGUAUUUGGAGUAAUAGCUGUGGUAUCUCUUGUUUUCAUUUUCUUCAUUGUCCCAGAGACGAAGGGGCUUACUCUCGAGGAAAUUGAGAUCAAAUGCCUUUAGGAUUUCUCCUUCUAGAAGUAGACAUAGUCAUCUGGUUUCGUGUAUGCAGAGAUAUACUAGUACUGUACGACUGUUAUGUUGUUGUAUACUAGUACAGUAUCUCCUAUAGAGUUGGAGUACCAUUAUCUUCAUGUCGAUUAUGUAUUCUAGUUCGCCAAAUAUAUAUGAUGUGUGAAUACUGAAUAUUCUUUAUUUUAUAGAAAAUAAACAUUUGGCUA